CUGAAGGCACCUCGCUACGUCAUUUACGUUCGACUGCACGUCUCCUGCGUCGGCUCCUCCCACUACGUGCGGCGCGGAGACUCCUGUGUUGAAGCUCGGCGUCGGAGCUCGGUCCAUCUGCGUCCGCCGCUUGCUGCCUGGCUAACCGAGGCCACUGCGGGAAGAUGGCGACGGAGAAGACGAAACACGAGGGCAGAGUCAAAAUAGGACACUAUAUCCUCGGCGACACGCUCGGAGUGGGCACGUUCGGGAAGGUUAAAGUGGGCCAACACGAGUUGACCAAGCACCAAGUAGCCGUGAAGAUUCUGAACCGGCAGAAGAUCCGCAGCUUGGACGUGGUGGGCAAGAUCCGCCGGGAGAUCCAGAACCUUAAGCUUUUCAGGCACCCUCACAUAAUUAAAUUGUAUCAGGUUAUCAGCACCCCGACGGAUAUCUUCAUGGUGAUGGAGUAUGUCUCCGGAGGGGAGCUCUUUGAUUACAUCUGCAAAAAUGGAAAGUUGGAUGAGAAGGAAAGUCGGCGACUCUUCCAGCAGAUCAUCUCGGCGGUGGAUUAUUGCCACCGGCACAUGGUGGUGCACCGGGACCUCAAGCCGGAAAAUGUCCUGCUCGACGCACACAUGAAUGCAAAGAUAGCCGACUUUGGUUUAUCAAACAUGAUGUCCGACGGAGAAUUCCUGCGGACGAGUUGCGGUUCCCCUAAUUACGCUGCUCCUGAAGUCAUCUCGGGAAGGUUAUAUGCCGGUCCCGAGGUGGACAUCUGGAGCAGCGGCGUCAUCCUUUACGCCCUGCUGUGCGGCACGCUACCAUUCGAUGACGACCACGUGCCCACACUCUUCAAGAAGAUUUGCGACGGUAUCUUCUUCACGCCGCCAUACCUGAACCCCGCCGUCACCAGCCUCCUCAAGCACAUGCUGCAGGUGGACCCCAUGAAGAGGGCCACCAUCAAAGAGAUCAGAGAAGACGACUGGUUCAAGCAGGACCUUCCCAAGUACUUAUUCCCCGAGGACCCGUCCUACAGCAACAACAUGAUCGACGAUGAGGCCCUGAAGGAGGUGUGCGACAAGUUCGAGUGCACCGAGGAGGAGGUCCUCGCCUGCAUCUACAACCGCAACCACCAGGACCCGCUGGCCGUGGCUUACCACCUCAUCAUCGACAACCGGCGCAUCAUGAACGAGGCCAAGGACUUCUACCUGGCGUCCAGCCCGCCCGACACCUUCCUAGACGACCAGCACCUGACGGUUGCCGCCGUCAAACCCCACCCCGAGCGUGUGCCCUUCCUGGUGGCGGAGACGCCGCCGCGGCCCCGCCACACCCUUGACGAGUUAAACCCCCAAAAAUCCAAGCACCAGGGCGUGCGGCGGGCCAAGUGGCACCUGGGCAUCCGUAGCCAGAGCAGACCCAACGACAUCAUGACCGAAGUGUGUCGUGCCAUGAAGCAGCUGGACUAUGAGUGGAAGGUUGUGAAUCCUUAUUAUUUACGGGUGAGAAGGAAAAACCCGGUGACUGGCAUGCAGACCAAAAUGAGCCUUCAACUCUACCAGGUGGACAGCCGAACCUACCUCCUCGACUUCCGGAGUAUAGACGACGACAUGUUGGAAACCAAAUCUGGCACGGCGACGCCUCUGCGCUCCGGAUCGGUGGGCAACUACCGCACAACGGUAAAGAGUGACACGGACGGCGCCGACUCACCCGUCGUCCCGCCGCCCAAAACGGGCACCGAGGGCUCGCUGGCCUCCUCGCUCACCUCCUCCAUUGACUCGACGGGAGGCGUCGACCUCCCGCCAGUGCCUCGGCCAGGGAGCCACACCAUCGAGUUCUUCGAGAUGUGCGCCAACCUCAUCAAACUGCUGGCACGAUAGCUCGCUACUCUUCACGAAAAACGUACGCACAUCAUCGCUAUAGCCUUGUUUGCUCUCCGAGUGUCUUUAUAGCAAUAAGCAUGCAAUCCGUUCGCGGCUCCCGGGUGAGCCGAGGAGGAGAGGAGAGUUUUGUUUUUGUUUUUUUCCCUAAUAUGUUAACUCAUUGGCUACCAUUGACGGGAAUAGACGUCCAGUCCUUUUGAGUGGGAGGACUAGCGGCGAUUAAAUGACAGCUACACAAAGAACCUCCCGGAGUUCAUCUUAUGGCGCGUUUUCCACCAUUAACUCAUUAGCUGCCAUUGACAGCAGGAGACGUCCAAUACGUAAUUGAGUGGGAGGGGCUGGCAAUAAUGCCGCCCUUCCCAGUUAAUACGGAUUUGCUUUGUAUUGCCAUUUAUAGUGGUGAAUGAGGUAAGCUAGCUAAUUAGGACAGGGCUAAAUAACAAUGCAAUUUCCCCAUCCGUUUUCCAAAUCAAUAUACAGGUAGUCCCCGGGUUACGACGUACUAGACUUGCGCGACUUGUUCUGUACUCCCUAAACAUGAGGUUGUUCAGCUUUAGACCGCAAACAAGGCAAUUGUGUUUUAUUAAGCUUUUGACUUCCUUUUCUUUUCACAAUUUGUAAAGUUGGAACACAGGUAUAGUUCAAAACGACAUGCAUUUUAACAAUAAAACACUCGACACAAAACAGUUGGUGUUGAAACGUCCAUCUAGACUGAUCAAUAUGUAAAUUAAGUAGAUUACAUUUGCCAAACAAAAUUCCGCUAGCUUAAAUGCUACGAAUGCUAGCAUAUUUACAAUUCUCAUAGCAAAUCGCUCACACGUAACUCCACAAACUGUAGCUCUAAACUUAAUUACAAAUGCAUACACAAACAUACACUCACCGGCCACUUUAUUAGAUACACCAUGCUAGUAACGGGUUGGACCCCCUUUUGCCUUGAGAACUGCCUCAAUUCUUCGUGGCAUAUAUUCAACAAGGUGCUGGAAGCAUUCCUCAGACAAUUUGGUCCAUAUUGACAUGAUGGAAUCACACGGUGCAGAUUUGUCGGCUGCACAUCCAUGAUGCGAAUCUCCCGUUCCACCACAUCCCAAAGAUGCUCUAUUGGAUUGAGAUCUGGUGACUGUGGAGGCCAUUUGAGUACAGUGAACUCAUUGUCAUGUUCAAGAAACCAGUCUGAGAUGAUUCCAGCUUUAUGACAUGGCGCAUUAUCCCGCUGAAAGUAGUCAUCAGAAGUUGGGCAUUUUGUGGUCAUAAAAGGGUGGACAUGGUCAGCAACAAUACUCUGGUAGGCUGUGGCGUUCCAACGAUGCUCAAUUGGUACCAAGCGGCCCAAAGAGUGCCAAGAAAAUAUUCCCCACACCAUUACACCACCACCACCAGCCUGAACCGUUGAUACAAGGCAGGAUAGAUCCAUGCUUUCAUGUUGUUGACGCCAAUUUCUGACCCUACCAUCUGAAUGUCGCAGCAGAAAUCGAAACUCAUCAGACCAGGCAACGUUUUUCAAAUCUUCUAUUGUCCAAUUUCGAUGAGCAUGUGCAAUUUGUAGCCUCGGUUUCCUGUUCUUAGCUGAAAGGAGUGGCACCCUGCGUGGUCUUCUGCUGCUGUAGCCCAUCUGCCUCAAAGUUCGACGUACUGUGCAUUCAGAGAUGCUCUUCUGCCUAACUUGGUUGUAACGGGUGGUUAUUUGAGUCACUGUUGCCUUUCUAUCAGCUCGAACCAGUCUGGCCAUUCUCCUCUGACCUCUGGCAUCAACAAUGCAUUUACGCCCACAGAACUGCCGCUCACUGGAUAUUUUUUCUUUUUCGGACCAUUGUCUGUAAACCCUAGAGAUGGUUGUGCGUGAAAAUCCCAGUAGAUCAGCAGUUUCUGAAAUACUCAGACCAGCCCUUCUGGCACCAACAACCAUGCCACGUUCAAAGUCACUCAAAUCACCAACUGUGUGAUGCCAUUAUAUCAAUAUGGACCAAACUCUCUGAGGAAUGCUUCCAGCAGCUUGUUGAAUCUAUGCCACGAAGAAUUGAGGCAGUUCUAAAGGCAAAAGGGGUCCAACCCGUUACUAGCAUGGUGUACCUAAUAAAGUGGCCGGUGAGUGUAUAUUAGCUGAAACAGCUUACACCGUGAUGUGGGCUAAACCAGAGCGCAGCUAUCCUUUAGCCAUGUCAGACGUCUGAGUCUGCUUCUCAGUCAUACAAGGCAACAGUCCAGCCAGACCCAACGCUGCCACCAGAGGGCGGUGUAUGCUCCAUCAUUAAACAAAAUGCAAUACUUAAUUACUUUUUGGAUAGUUAUUUUGAGAUUUACUUAAAGGGUUAAUUCUGUCUUGCGCAAAAAUUCGAGUUACGUCGCCAGCGUAGGAACGGAACUCGUUCAUAACCAGGGGACUACCUGUAUACACAUAAUAUGUACAGUUUUCACAUAAAUAUUCACACUGAUUAUUUUGUCGAAAAAUUUUUAUAAUUUUUUUUUAAUCAAAACGAUCCUAAUGAAACAAUCUGUGUUUUCAUUCAAAAAUCCGCAAAUUUCAAUAGAUCAUUGUUCUAAAACUACACAAACGUGGUCAACAAGCUACUACAUGGCCUAGGUUAUGCCUGCGCUAGGGGGAUCCAAAAUCUGGAAAAGAUGUUGACCAAAAAAAAAGUUUACCCGAAAAACAGAAAAUUUCGAGAAGUCGAAAUAAUGCUAGAAAACGCAGAAACUGCACGAAUAGGCAAAAAAACUUGUGAAAACGGCAAAAGGAAAACUCAAACCCAAAAAGCAUGCAAGAAAAAUCAAAAAAUACAUGGAAAACUGAACAGCAAAAAGCCUGUGAAAACAGCAAAAAGAAAAACUCGGGGGGGAAAAUUUUUGGCAAAGCUGCCAGAAAUAAUAAUAAAAGAAAAAGAAAUUGCAACAAAAAAAAAACUCAAACCUGAAAAACAUAAAAUACAAAAAAAUACAUGGAAAAUGAGAACUCUAAACAAAACAAAAAAACCUUUUGAAAAUGGAAAAUGAAAUGGGGGCAAAGAAGAAACCCCCACUAAAAUCGGGGGAAAAACAAGAAAAUUGAUCAUUGAUUAGUUUUCGUCAUUAUAGGGCACUAAUUGGCACCCAUAGGUUGAUUUACCUUAACUAAAUUAAGCACCUCACCUCAAUAUUUUAGUCUUGACAAUUUUGUUUUUAAUCAACAAAACAAACAUUUUCAGUCAAAUUUGUUUUCCCCACUUUAAUCCAUGCAGAUCUCUGGUUUUUCACAACGGUGAUGUCAGAAGCAUGCCAUUCUGCAAUGCACAAUAUGAACGAACUAAAACGUGCCUGUCGCGCAGCCGUAUGUUUUACAGAUGUAGAGAAUCUUUAGGUAAACAAUGCCAGCCCUCCCAGUUCAAAACGAAUCGUCCGUCUAUAGCCAUGGACGGCAGGGAAAUGAGUUGACGCAUUACGGAGUGAUUACACUGAAUUCGCUGUACUGUUGAGCCAGCUGGGUUCCAGUCGGGGGGACGGAAAUCAAGAUCAAGUCAGAUUUUCUUAUGCGGGAGAAGGAAGAAGCACUUUAGCACACCUUUCUUUUCAUUCCUGCUGCUCUAUUCUAUUUUUUUAAGUGGCGUGGCAGUCACUUGGCUGUAAUGGAAGUGCAAUGACCCCCACAUACCAUUUACGGAACCCCAAAAGGGUAAAAAUUAAAAACAUUUUGAAAUACCAUUUUGAUUAAUAACAAAUUGUGGAAUAUGGCCUUUAAAGAACAAAAUAAGAUUAUAUUAUUAUGAAAAAGAUUUUACAAGAUAAAAAGCGUUUUUCACAAAGUAUUUGAUUUCAAAAUGCCUUUUUCCACAAUAGCCUUUUUAUUUCAUAAUGUCGUUUUUCUGAAAAAUGAAUUGUCUUCUGUCAAUGUCAAUCAAAUACGUACAUCAGGCUGAGUCAGUUAAGUGAUUGGCUGAAUCGUGAAGUCUGCUUAGCCACGUUAGCAUCUGUUCGCGUCAAUAAACUUUUAGGUAAACUUCCAGAAAGUAUCUCCUCAAAACACAAUGCUGCUGAAAUCCUCGCUCAGGCUACGGUAAAGGCCUUUCAUUUACUAUAUCGCACUGAUUCGCACCUUCUCUGAGUAAGUAAUUAGAAGGUCGGCCAAUAUGGGAUUUUCAAAUGCCGAUACAGUUACCUAAAAAAAAUUUCAGCCAAUAUCCAAAGCAGAUUUUGUAAGCCGAUAUUUGAGGCAGAUAUAGUUUUUUUUUUUUAAACCAUCUGUAAAAAAAAAAAAAAAUUUUUUUUUUUUUUUUAAUUGCUUCAAUAGCUUCAAAUAUACAAUGAUGACCUGAGGCUUAUAGAUUGUGCCUAGUGCUACCAAAUCAACAAACGCAGCACUUAUUAUUUUCAAAUAAUUAAACCCACGAGUUGAGUGAGUUACAAAAGAUGCUCGUCAUGCUAAUGUGACUGCUACGCUAACGCUACGAGUUACGUUUAGUGUAAGGAUCACUCUGUAAACACCGCAAAAGGCUAAAGCAGCAUUGCAUAUUCUCAUGCAAGAUUAAAAAAAAAGAUCUUGCAAUAUUUCUAAAACAGGCAAGCCUGAAGCUUCCUGUAGCAGCUGCUGCAGGGUCCUUCUGGGGUCCUACCGGUCAGUCAGCGGCUGAGUUGCCCACACAGAUGCCUAAUCAAAAUCCUUUUUUAUCGGCAUAUUUUUGUUGUGAUGAAAAAUGACAUUAUGAAAUAAAAAGGCCAUUGUGGAAAAAGACAUUGAAAAACUUACUUUGCAAAAAAUGCAAUUAUUAUACAAUUUAAGGGCUAUAUUACACAAUUUGUCAUUUAUCAGAAGGUAUUUAUUUCAAAAUGUUACUUGGACCCUUUUAGAGUUCCGUAACUUUCACCUUUUUUUGUGUGUUUUAACGCCCUCUUCUGUUUCUUAUGUGACAUAAAAAACUUCACUUGACAGCAAAAAGUGUCAAAAAGUCACGAUGUCAUUGUCACUUUUUCAAAAUGGCUCAAGAUCUGAUUCCCACGUGUCGAUUCGUGCUCACGAACUCAUCCACGAUGACGGUUUUGCCAAGAAAUUGCGUGCCUGCUUGAUGAUCAAUUGAAAAAAAAAAUAGCUUUCAGUAUUUUGACUCGUGACAAUCUUGAAAUUGAACAUUUUCUCACACUGUUUAUUGCUGUUUGACUGUCAAAAAUCCUGAAAUAUAUUGUUUUCCUCCCAUUUUUGUCUUUUUUUUUUUUUUUUUUUUUUUUUAACUAAUGUUACAGUGCAUUUGUAAUUGCCGUGAUGAUUAAGAAUUGCCUUUUUUUUUUUUGUCUGUUGGGUUUUGUUCAAAAAUGAUACGAGUAACAAUUGAGAAUUUAAAUAGAGAAGCGUAAACAUAUUUCUAUACCGGACAAGCUUAUGAAUGUGUCAACUUUUAUCGUUUUGCUGUCGUUUUGCCUUAGUUGGCAGGGGCAGGGAACCUUAAAACACUUCACACCGAAGACGCUAAUGCUAAUUUAAAAUAAUAAAUGGGUGUCAUGAUAUUUUUGAGAAAUUUAGGAGGGCUGAAAUUGGGGAGGAAAAAGGUUCCAUGCUUCUGCCUUGAGCUCAUCAUCAGUAGCGUUCUUUUGAAUUAUCGUCCUGUUUUACUUCCGAGUGUUAAUUCACACCUCGAGGGGGGAAAAUGUAUUCUUUUUUAAUCAUUUUUUUGCCAAACUACUGUGGAUCCUUACGGACACCCACCGGGGGCCAGGGUAAAAAAGAAAAUUCAUAAAUAGUCUGUACCCACAAUUUACUAAACUGUAAAUCAAGUUGGGUACAUAUUAAAUUGUGGGUACACUACUAAAUUUCGUGUAACAACAGAUUACUAAAAAGUGGGUACAGUUUAGUAAUACAUGAGUACAGACUACUAUAGUGUGGUUACAGAUUGCUAAACUGUCGUUACAAUAUAGUAAUCUGAGGGUACCGAUUACGGAAUUGUGGGUUCAUAUUACUAAAUUGGGUACAGUUUUGUAAUCUGUGAGUACGGACUACUAAACAGUGGGUACAGGUACAGAUUACUGGACUGUGGGUACAGAUUACUGAAGUGUGGGUUCACACUAAAUUGUGGGUACAGUUUGGUAAUCUAUGAGUACAGAUUAUUAAACUGGGGACUAACUACAUAUUACUAAACGGUGGGUACAGUUUAGUAAUCUGUGGGUACAGAUGACUAAAGUGUGGGAACAGAUUACUAAACAGUGGGUGAAUAUUACUAAACAGUGGGUACAGAUUACUAAAAUGCUGAUUAAACAAUGGGUGCAGAUUACUAAAAUGUGGGUACAGUGUACUAAACUGUAGGUACAAAUUAGCAAUGAAAAAUAUUUUCUACCCUGGCACCCAGGGGGCUCUGUAAGGAUCUACGGAGCCCCCAUACCCCAAGCGCCAGGGUAGAAAAACGAGGUUUAGUAAUCUGUACCAAGGGUUCACUUACCUGUACCCACAGAUUACUCAAUUGAACCUACAGUUUAGCAAUGACCUGUAAAUGUGUGAAUCUGUGGGUACAGAAUACUACAGAUUGAUCAACUGUGUGUACAGAAUAGCUAUGAGAAAUAUAUUAUUUUUUCUACCCUGGCACUCCAGGGGCUGCCGUAGUACGAUCCUCGAUGGGUGGUUGGGGGCGUUUCUUUUUAUUGACCGCAUUAUGACAGAAUUAAUACGUUGUUUUCAGUAGUUGCUGGCAUUCACAGCUUUAAAUCAUGUUUGAAAAUAUCUUGAUUGUUGCAUUUCAUUCCGACUGAACCUUUUUUGUUAAAAUGUUAUGGAAUAUAGUCAUAACGGUGUGUAUGUUAAGACUGAUUAUAAAACUGAGAUUUUGGGGGGUGAAGGGGUGGAUGUUAUUCUUACAAGUGGGUGUUUGUUUUUGGAUUGUUUUUUUUUUUUUUUUUUUUUGUAU